AUGGCGAAGAAAAGGGACAAAACAAAAACCCACGAGAAAGUACGCAGCCAAACGAGCAAUCGCGAGCUGUCAAAUGUACAAAGAAGAAGAAGAAGACAGCGGGAAGUAAAAGCAGAAGCAGCGGAUUGUAAACAAAGCAUUCUCAAAGGGGAAUCGCAAUUUUGUCGCAACUUUUGCCCUAAAAACGCUUCAAAAUGGGUAAAAAACAGCAUCAGAAGGAUAAAAUGUACCUCACGUACACCGAGUGGUCCGAGUUUUAUGGCGGCCACAAACCAGACUCGGUGGAGAAUGAGCAGAUCAAGUUUAAGCGACUGCCGUUCGACCACUGCUGCCUCUCGAUGGUGCCGUUCGAGCAUCCGUACUGCGACAAAGACGGGAACGUGUUUGAGCUGGCGGCGAUUGUAGAGUUUUUGAAGCGGUUCAAGGUCAAUCCCGUUACUGGCAGCCCGCUGGAUGGCAAAUCGCUGAUCAAGCUAAACUUUACCAAAAACCACGAAGGACAGUACCACUGCCCGACGCUGUUUAAACCGUUCACCAAAAACUCCCACAUCGUGGCGAACGGUAAGACGGGUAACGUGUUCUCGUGGGAAGCGAUCGAGCAGCUCAACGUGAAGGCCAAAAACUGGAAGGAUCUGGUGGACGAUACGCCGUUUCUGCGCAAGGAUCUGAUCACCAUCCAGGAUCCGGGCAAUCUGGACAAGUUCAACAUUACCACCUUCCACCACAUCAAGAAGAACCUGCGCGUCCUCACGGAGGAAGAGCUGGCCGAGCGUAAGGAUCCACAGGGCCGGCUGAAAACAAUCUCCGCCGAAACGAAGGACAUUCUGACGCAGCUGGAAAAGGACUACAAAGCACCGGAAGAGCAGCAGGAAGAGCGGCAGGUUGCGGACAAGUUCAAUGCAGCUCACUACUCAACCGGGGCCGUGGCGGCUUCCUUUACCUCUACUGCGAUGGUGCCGGUGUCGAACCACGAGGCAGCAAUAAUCGACGAUGACAUUGUACGCUACGAGCGGGUCAAGAAGAAGGGCUACGUCCGGCUGCUGACCAACUUUGGUGCCCUAAACCUCGAACUGUACUGUGAGCAGGUGCCGAAGACGUGCGAAAACUUCCUCAAGCACUGCCAAAGCGGCUACUACAACGGGUGUCUGUUUCACCGGUCGAUCCGCAACUUUAUGAUCCAGGGCGGUGAUCCUACCGGGGUCGGGAAUGGAGGCACGUCCGCGUGGGGCAAAAAGUUUGCGGACGAAAUCAAACCAAACCUAUCGCACGCUGGAAGAGGCAUACUGUCGAUGGCCAACUCGGGACCAAACACGAACGGAUCACAAUUCUUCAUUACCUAUCGAUCGUGCAAACAUCUGGACGGAAAGCACACGAUAUUCGGCAAGCUGGUCGGAGGGCUGGAAGUGCUCACAGAGAUGGAACGCGUGGAAGUGGACAAUCGAGACCGUCCCAUCGAGAGCAUCUUCAUCCAGCGGGCGCAAGUGUUUGUCGAUCCGUUCCAGGAGGUGGACGAACAGCUUGCCAAGGAGCGGGCGGAAGAGCUGGAGCGCAUACAGCGGGAGGCGGAAGCGAAGCGUGACAAAACGGCAGGCAAAAAGUCCUCCCAACCGCUGAAGGUAUUCCGGUCCGGUGUGGGCAAGUAUCUCGAUACGAGCGUGACCAAAGUGCUGCCGGCACAGGCGUCAGGGGAAACUCCCGGCACGAGUGGCACGACCAACGAUGCAUUGAAAGCGAAGAAACGUAAAGUAGCAAGUGGUGAUGGUUUCGGUAAUUUUAGCUCGUGGUAAUUUUAGAACAAAUAAAUUGUAAAACAUUAAGCGUUUAUUAAAGACUA